AUGCAGGCAUCUCCAACAGCUACCCAACCUCCGUCUCCCGCCAACAGCGAACACAAGGGCGAAGUCAUCGCUCUGCCGGUCACCACACGAAGUUCGUUCACCCUCGAAGCCGGGCCAGAACAGACAGAGUUUGAAGUACCUGACGGCGGCCUCCAAGCCUGGAUGACCGUCGCAGGCGCAUGGCUUACUCUGUUCUCAACAUUUGGGCGAAUUUGCGUUCACUUUUGGAGUCUACGAAGGUGCAAUUACUAUGUCCGUGUCUACCUCACGGACCACAGUGCGAGUAGCAUCGCCUGGAUAGGCAGCUUCCAGCUUAUGAUGCCUUUCUUUUGCGGACCGGUCUCGGGCAAAAUCUUCGACAACGGUGGAUUUCACGCUCUCGAAAUUGUUGGCGGAAUAAUAUUCACUGUUUCGUCGUUCCUAUUGUCACUGGCUAAGCCAAAUCAGUACUACCAGAUUUUCCUUGCACAAGGAGUCGGGAUGGGUCUCGGCGUUGGACUGAUCUUCCUGCCGAGUCUCAGCAUUGUCGUUCACCAUUUCAAAAGACAUCGCGGUUUGGCCUCAGGAAUCAUUAUGAGUGGAACUUCGGUAGGAGCUACUCUGUUCCCUAUCAUGCUCAAUCACUUACUUCCCCGGGUCGGGUUCGCUCGUGCGGUCCGUUACUCUUCGGCCAUUAUCCCGCCUUGCCUUGUUAUCGGAAAUCUUAUGAUGCGCACUCGCCUGCCACCGCGCAGCAAGCGUGGAGGAAAUCAAUCACCACCAGACAUCAAGUCUUUCUUCAAAGACCCGCCUUAUUUGGUUGGUAUUCUUGGCAUGUUGCUUGGUUUGCUCGGGCUGUUCUUCCCAGCCAUCUAUAUCCAGCUCUACGGUGUCCAGCAUGACGUGGACCCAACAUUGUCCUUCUAUUCGUUGUCCGUGCUUAAUGCGGCCGGCGCUGUCGUUCGUGUCGCAGGAAAUCAUUUCGCAGACGUGUAUGGUCCGUUCAACGCCAUGACCAUGAGCUCCACGAUAUCUGGCGCGCUGAUUUGGGCCCUCCUCGGAAUCAACAGCGGCGGCUCACUCAUGGUCGUGAGCAUCAUCUAUGGUGCUAGCUCAAGUGCAUGGCUCGCCCUGACGUUCCCAUCUUUUGCGUCGCUCGCGAAGGGACCAGAGGAGGUUGGUGCUCGUCUCGGGAUUGCCCUCUCGUUGACCAGCCUCGCCGUCCUUGGCUCUUCGCCGCUGCAGGGCCACCUCCUCACAGGCGAAUACCACUGGAUUCGGCCUGUCGCGUUCUCUGCGACGAUGGUGUUCGGCUCCGCCAUUUGCUUCAUGAUAACGCGUACGUUGUACCUGCGCACCAGGAAAGUCAACGGAUGGCGGGCGUGA